CUUCUCACGCAUCCCUCGUCAUCUGAUAUACCGAAUGUUUACUUUCAGUCCACCUGAUCACCGUUCUUGCCGUUUCCCUCUAGGCUUGCAAAGGGCCUGCGAGAAGAUCCCCCCUUCGCGCCCCCUUUCACCUUGCCUGACUACUACCUCAUAGACAGACACGCGCCUCUUCCUUUCGCAAAGUUCUGCUUUUUAUGAGGGUGUGUAAGGGGAUCAUAAAUCCGCAGUCCUGUGUGCCCAGGUGAUUCGAACUGAUUCACAUUUCAGAACCCCCCCUCUCCAAUUGCUGACCACUGACCCUUCGUGUGUCUGUCUGAUCAGGGUUGUUGCAUCUUUUGCUCCUUCGAGUAACUAGUUACCCAAGCUCGCCGUCGAGUCUCUUGAUCCCCUUGAUCAGACUUCGAUGGCCUGCUGAUUGAACACGGCAAGGCGGUGUCUGCCUGUGUGGAGGAGCACCGUGGUUGCUGUUACCUUUCUUUUCUACGCGUUUCACGGUGUCCUCUUGGGUAAUACCCCCCGUCCAGUACGAGGCUCGUGCCUGCCUAAUCUGCCUGCGGAUUCACCAUGCCGAAGUCAUACGUCUCCUUCCAAGAACCCGGGGAAGAGGAUGACCUCGACUACUUUGCCGCCCGCCCUCGACCAGCUACGACUCCGUCCUCGCCAGAAGCCCUCCACAAACGGUCCAUUUCCAUCUCUGGCCCUGAAGUCGGAGGGCGUCUACAUCCAUCUCUGGCCAUGACCUCCACCCCCGAUGAGACGACCGAACUGCUCGGAGGGAGCCUUCACUCUGGUAUGAGGAGGUAUGCAGACAAUUCGAUCUAUUCGCCUCACUCGAGGCAGCUGUCAAGGGUCAACAGUUUCACGGGUAGUUUAAGAAGACGGAGAUUCCACAGUGCCCUGCCCUCUGGCCAGACAAGCCCCGUGUGGAUGAGGAACUCUGGCCUACGGACACCUAAACUGCAUCAGUCGUUGAUGGGCUCCAUCUCGAAAGACGACCGCUUGUGGUAUGAUCAGUUCACGUCGACAGAUUGGGUCCAUGACAGUAUUGCCGACGGGUAUCGGGUGUUGGAACUCAAGAAGAAGAAAGGACUCCGGGGUCGCCUCCAGCUACUCUUCGAUUCUUCACAAGGAUGGAUACUGGUUGCCUUGAUUGGAGUCAUCACCGCUGGGAUAGCGUACUUUGUGGAUGUGACCGAGGCCGCCGUAUUCGACGUCAAACGAGGCUUCUGUCGAGAUGCAUGGUAUCUUGGAAGGGCCAGUUGUUGUCACGGCGAGUCAACUUGUGACCGUUGGCGGACCUGGUCACAGCUGAUCCAUGCCUCGGGGGUGGACGAACAAUCGAUCGAUUUCGUGGCAUUCCUCAUUGGCUGCAUGGUGUUGGCAACCUUGUCUUGUUUCCUUACAUUGUAUUCCAAAACUAUUGUGCCUUCAACGAUUGCCUCGACAUUCGAUGAGGACCUAAGCGCUGGGAGAACCAGAGACUUCGAUGAAGACGACCAGGAGGCAAAGGCUGCAGCGGAACAAACACAUGCCAAUGCUUUACCGCCCACAAAUGUCUACUACUCGGCUGCAGGAAGUGGUGUUGCAGAGGUCAAAGUCAUUUUAAGUGGCUUCGUUCUUCAUGGGUACCUCGGGUUACGAGUCCUCGUGAUUAAGAUGGUGGCAUUGGUAUUGAGUGUUGCUUCAGGCAUGAGUCUAGGAAAAGAAGGACCAUAUGUGCACAUCGCUACUUGCGUUGGCAACAUUGCUUGCCGCUUGUUCUCCAAGUACAACCUCAACGACGGCAAAAGACGAGAAGUUCUGUCUGCAAGCGCUGCAGCUGGCGUCGCUGUGGCCUUUGGCUCGCCUCUGGGAGGAGUUCUUUUCAGUCUCGAAGAGGUCAGCUACUAUUUUCCUCCCAAGACUUUGUUUCGCACCUUUUUCUGUUGCAUUGUUGCAGCGCUGUCUUUGAAGUUUCUCAAUCCCUACGGCACCAACAAAAUCGUCUUGUUCGAGGUCCGCUAUGUCACCGACUGGAAUUUCUUCGAACUCUUCAACUUUGCAUUGCUUGGUAUAGUAGGUGGACUUGCGGGAGCUCUCUUUAUAAAAGCAUCUCGCUUCUGGGCCACCACAUUUCGGAGAAUAAAACUCAUCAAAAGCUAUCCCAUGUUGGAGGUCUUAUUGGUGGCACUCGUCACCGGCCUGAUCAGCUUCUGGAAUCGAUACACCCGACUCGCGGUUACAGAGUUACUGUUCGAACUGGCCAGCCCUUGUGACAAGGAUAGCACAAGCGGGUUGUGUCCCAAAGAAGAUGGUAUCCUGUCCGUUGUCGGCUACCUGUGCGUUGCAUUUGUUGUCAAGGCGUUUCUCACGAUCAUCACUUUUGGUGUUAAAGUCCCUGCAGGCAUUUACGUGCCUUCCAUGGUUGUUGGUGGCCUCAUGGGUCGCAUCCUGGGCCACCUCACACAGUAUAUUGUGUUGAAGAGCCCCAAUUUCUUCUUGUGGGGUGGCUGUUACCAGUCUGGCAACCUGGAGGCUUGUGUCACUCCUGGCGUGUAUGCCUUGGUAGCUGCAGGUGCUACUAUGUGUGGAGUGACCCGCUUAUCCGUCACUCUCGCGGUCAUCUUGUUCGAGCUCACAGGUAGUCUUGAUCAUGUGUUGCCAUUCUCGCUCGGAGUGUUGUGUGCGAAGUGGACGGCAGACGCCGUUGAGCCUUUGAGCAUCUACGAUCUUCUGACAGAUAUGAACUCCUAUCCCUUUUUAGACAACAGAAGCAGCCCUGUCUUCGACUCGGAACUUGGAGACAUUACGCCCCGAUUGCGACGGGACAAAGUCAUCGACAUUACCAUUUCUCCGCUCGUCAAGGCGAAUGAUCUACGAGCUAAGCUUCGACGCCUGCAGUAUCUAGGUGAGCUUGACGGCGGUUUACCCAUCAUUCGAGACAAGAUUUUACUUGGUCUCAUUCCAGCUCCGGAUCUUGAGUUUGCAUUGGACAGAAUUGAAGACGAGGAUAACGCAAUGUGUUUGUUGUCGACUGAGAACAAUUCAACCACCAACCAUCAGCGCUACUGGCAAGCGUUCGAGGAGACCGGUUACGAAUCUGGACGCGAGAGUUCGGAACCGGACGAGGAAUCAAGCGCGACUCCUAUCGACAUGACCCCCUACAUCGACCCAGCACCGGUGGCAUUAGACACACAUUCACCUAUGGAUCUUGUAUAUCAGUGUUUUGUGAAGUUGGGGUUACGAUACAUUUGUGUUUUGGACGAAGGCGAGUACCGAGGAAUGGUACACAAAAAGGCAUUUGUUAGAUAUGUCAAACAAUUGGAACAUUCGAGUCUUUGAGCAGAACCGAACAUGCACGAAGGAUGCGGGAAAACAUUUGCCUCGAAACAGGCAAAGAAACCGCUACGAGGCUUACGGAUGGGACAUGAGCGGUCUCACUACAUUUCUGACGGUUGGCUUUUGCCAAUCGAGUGGAGUUCCUGCAAGUUUCUGCAAGAUCGAUGACUUGACUUUGAUUAUCUUGAACACUGCAUGGGAUUGGCGUCUUGUUUGCAUCGGCAUCGUGGGCAAGGAUAUAUUGGUCCAAGGAAGCUCAGUGGCGCAAGGCGUUUUUGAUAUUGGGGGGGGUUCUAUUUUGCAUACUAGGUCAGUAUACAUAACCAUCCGGGAGUGACCCUUCCCAUUUCACACUUUGAGAGAAACUUUUGUGUGUCUUGUUGAAUCUACUCGGCAGAUCCAUUGUAUCCAUUCAUUGUCAAUUGUGGCUGGGGAGGGUGUUUGUUUUGAAGAUCCAUCCUCUUUUACUAACUCAGUUACCCAUUUGCCCGGAAGGCUCUCCUUUUGCUUUUGUUCUCCUCUGGUCUCGCCUCGUGGUACAGUUCGGGAAGAUCCUUCGUCUCCAUCCUAUCACCAACAUUCGGGUUCGUUGGUGGGCCAAGGCAGGGCACACAUCUUUUCCUUCUCUUUGAGACGCGUGUCUUGUGACCCUCUCGGUGCAGUGUAGUACCAUGCAGCCACUGGAUCGGCACGGGAACGAGGUUUGUCAGUUGUUUACUUCUGUCACAUCUAUGUGGUACAAGGGCUUUGUUUCGGUUCCGACCAUUCACCACUGUAAAUGGGUCGAAACAGGAAGAGAGAAAUCAACGCGCUGUCACGUCGUCUUCGUCGCGUUGAUGUUGUGUGUUGUGUGUCCCUCAGGUCAAGUCGAAACUUUUUCCUAGAAUUGAAGGUUAUACAAGGUGCAUGCAUGCAUUUGCAUGGGACGUUGUUGGACUCCUUUUUGUCUGGCCAUCUCUUCUUGCCCUCUGUCCUCUUGUUGUUGUUUUUGCCUUGGAGUUCCAUAUGGUGUGUGUGGAGUGAUUGAUUGAUUUUGAACCGUGUCUCUUGAAAGACAUUAGCAAACAGGAGGUUUGUGUUGGUAUUCUUGUUAUUCUUGUCUAGAUCCUAGGUUCUGCCUUGUUGAAAAAGGUUUUUAUUGUUCAACUUUUGUCCUCAGUGGAGGAUCUCGUGUUGAACAGUCAGC